AUGUUUGGACGAUCGAAAUCGCGCAGAGCGCUUCGAAAGACCCGUACCGGGUCGAAUGCCGUGGACGACGACUCGUCGGGCAGCAACCGAGAGGACCCUGUUUCGGCGGCUUCUGUUUGCACGAGCAUCACCUCGAACUUGAAGCAAUUGGACCAAACAACCAAGGACACGGUGCGUGUUUUGCCGCGGUCGCCGCACAAUCGGUCGCGCGAGACACAGCGCCGGGAGUUUGACGACUUGUUUGCGCUGGAAGACGAGCUGUUGGCGAUUGUCAAGGGGUUCCAGCACACGAGUCUGAUCCGCAAGAAGACGCUCGAGACACUGAUUACCAACAACUUCAGCGUGUUUCGCAGCGCGGGGGUGAACCUGGAGGACAUCCAGGUGUUGGAACGGGUGCAGAACACAGUGAACUCGUUGAUAUCGUUUGUGAUGCUGUUGAACCAAACGGACCAGCCUGCAGACGAGUUCGACGACAUGAACCCCCGUAUUACCCGCUGUCGCCGUACAGAUGAAAGGAAAUUAGAGACUUUUAACAGUAUCCGACGUUGCUAUCUAUUAUAUACAAGUUACUCCAGAACAAUCUUGGCACCCAGGCCUUCAAGCGUAGCUUUAAGCUUUUCGGAGUCUUCCUUAGUAACGUUUUCCUUAAGCACCUUCGGAGCGCUCUCGACAAACUUCUUGGACUCGACAAGCGACAGUCCCAGCAGCGACUUGAUCUCCUUGAUGAUCUUAGGCUUGGACUUGGCGUCGAAAGACUCGAGCUUGACGGAGAACAUGGUCUUUUCCUGGGGCUGUUCCUUGGUCUCUGCCUCCUCGGCCUCGGCGGCAGCAGGAGCAGGAGCAGCGGCACCGGCCGCAGGGAAUGCGAUGUCUGGGAUGUUGAGCUUGGUCUUCAACUCCUGGAUCAAAAACGAAGUCUCCAGCAGGGUCAGGGUGGAAAUCUGGUCGACAAUCUGCGAAAUCUUAGGGUCCACAGGCUUGGUCUCGGUGGAGUUGAAUCUGACGCGCAGACCUCUGCCCACAACGGAGGCGCUUCUGCCGAGUCUGGCGGCGGUUCUUGCUGGAACUCUCACAACAACAGACAUGCUAAUGUUUGAAGGAUGA